UUGAAGUUUGGUGUUUCGGCUGAAGGCUUUACAAGCUCGAAAUCAGGUUGCAGGCCUAACACAACUAACAGUAGUUUCAUCGAGCAGGUGGUGUGCACACUGCAACUCCAUGAAACGCAACAAAGCAACGGUCUUGACAUACGCCGAGAAAUGCAAGAAUAUAUUGGCAUCAAACUGGCAAGGUUCCCUUAACACUAUCAAAGCAGAUGCAAAAGGAAGCAAAGAGAGUAUCCAUACUUCAAAGGUUAAGUACAUAGUGAAAAGGGGGCAGCCAUAUCUUUGGGUGCCAGAAGAUGAUUUGCAUAAUGUGAACACAAUCAUUGAUGAGCGCGGUUCAUUUGCUGUGACCAGUCCCUUUCCUGGUCCUCUAGGGGUCUUAUUGAAAUCAUUGGAUAAGUUACCAGCACGGAUUGCUUUAUCUGGGGAUAUUCGUCCGCUUAACGAAGAUAAGGCUAAGUCUCUUGCAGAAAAACUUCAGGAAGUCAUACUAUCUGAGCAAAAAGCGAUCAAAGAGUUCACCUACACUGUUUCUGAAGUAUUGAGUUCUAGUGUUAGGAAAUCAUUGCGAAGUGAUAAUCUUCAGGAACUUCUACGAGACGAUGAAAAAUACUCCGUAUAUAGAUUUAAAAUCAGAUCUUGCACAUUUCUUGAUGGGCGUGGAGGCAAUUUUGAAGUGGAUGUCGAAAAUCUAGAAACAACCAAAGCUGAUAAACUAGCUCCUUUUUCUGCCAAGUUGAUUGAUGGGAUUAACCAAAGUGAGGCUAGGCGUAGAGCCCUCGUGCUUCUUUGUUUUGUUGACAUGAAUGCCCAUGCAAAGGAUGCAUAUGUAACAUCUAUUGAUCGGAAGGGAUUUGAUGUCCUGGCAAAAGUUAUGAGUCCAGUUUUGAAGGAUGGUGUUGGUCACUACCAAUGGAAAGAGUUCAGGUUCAUGUUCAAGGAAGAGGCAAAAGACGUUGAAAUGUUCUGCAGUCAACUAGUCGAAAUGGAAGAGGAGGUCAUCUAUAAGAUUUCAACAUCCAGUGGACUGAAACUAAAAUGAGAGUGACCUUGGUCGCAUUCUUGUUUUCUUUUAUAUAACUUCUUUGUCAGCUAAAAUGACAGACAUCUUGAUUAGUUUUUUGACCUUGUACAUUUUAUAUUAUUAUUUUUAUCAAUUAGAACUGUACUAGGCAGUUACUUAAGGGUAUAAUGCAGGAUGGUUUCAUGGCAUUAUCUUCUUAAUUGUGUUGCGCGAAAAAGUUACUUAUUUGGCUCGUAAUGGUUCAGAUUUUUUACUA